AUGGAGCUCUUGGAUUUACCAAAUGAAUUAUUGGUUGUAGUAGCAGAGGAUUUGGAACUGCAAAGGGACUUCAGCGCCCUUGCUCGAACAUGUCGCCGCCUCUUUCAUCUCCUCAAUUCCGAUCUCUAUGCCCGUGAUGUGCGACUAUCUGGUGGCUGGGCAUUAUUAUGGGCUGCAACUCAUGGGCAGGCGGAUGUGGCCCGAAGAUCACUAAAAGCCGGCGCCAACGUCAAAGCUGAUACUGAUACCUGCCAGCAGCCACUACUGCUAGCCGCGAGACAAGGGCAUGAGGAGGUGGUACGAGUUCUACUUGGGCGAGUGGGCGUUGAUGUGGACUGCCAAGACGACACCGGCCGGACUCCGCUGUCCUGGGCCGCUGGGGAAGGUCAUGUGGUUAUAGUGAGGCUGCUCCUAGCAGAGGAUGGGGUGGACCUGAACUCCAUGGACAACGACGGCGUACAGGCACCGAUCUGGGCGUCGAGAACCGGGUAUGACACUGAAUGGGGCAGGACACCACUAUGGUUUGCAGCACACAAAGGGAACGAGAGUGUGGUGGAGCUGCUUCUUGCCGAGGAUGGCAUCGACCCAAAUGCUAGGAAUAUUGCCCGCCAAACGCCGCUGUCGUGUGCUGCGGCGGAGGGGCACGGUGGCGUUGUGAGGCUCUUGCUUUCUAGGGGCGACAUCGAAUGGAGCUCGGCGGACAUCAGCGGCUCGACUCCGCUGCUGCUGGCAGCGCAGAACGGUCAUGAGACCGUUGUGAAGCAACUGCUGAAGUGGGAGAAUAUCGAACCCGAGGGCCCAGCCGAACAGACCCCAGUCUUGUCAGCUGCGGAAAAUGGGCACGGAAGGAUAGUGCGACUCUUCCUAGCGAGGCACUGUGUUGAUCCGAACAUGAAGUGCUACAGGGGCCGGGCACUACUAUCGUGGCUCGCAGUUCAUGGGGAUGAAGAAACAGUGGAGAUGGUGCUUGCUAUUGAUGGCGUGGAUGCUGGCUCCAAAGAUGACAGCGGUCGAACGCCGCUAUGGUUGGCUGCAGAGAAUGGGCAUGGGAAAGUGGUACGGCGGCUGCUUGGUUUGGAUAGUGUUGACGCAAAUUCCGUCGACAAGGGAGGUCGAACGCCGCUGCUGGUGGCCUCGGAGAAGGGACAUGAGGCCGUGGUACAGCUACUGCUCACCAGUGAAGGAGUCGACCCAAACUCCAAAGACCGCAAAGGUCGAACGCCGCUAUCUGUCGCUGUAAAACAAAGGCAUGAGGGUAUCGUCAAGCUCCUGCUGGCUCAUGGUGGCGUCAAAUCCGAAGCUGGAGAAGUGCUUGGAUCAAUAUCUCGUCAUCCCUCCUAG